UCUAAGCUUCACACAUCAGGAGACGCGCGGUCGGAAUUCCUUCUCUGCGCCGCGAUGAAGCAGGUGGAGAUUCUGGACGCUAGAACCAAAGAGCAGCUGUGUUUUCUGGACAAGGUGGAACCACACUCAACUAUCUGUGACAUCAAAGGAUUGUUCCACAAGUCAUAUCCACAAUGGUAUCCUGCAAGACAAGCCCUCAAACUCCAUCCUAAGGGAAAUGUGCUUAAAGAUGAUGAAGUAUUACAGAAUCUCCCUGUUGGCACCACAGCCAAGCUCUAUUUCCGAGACCUUGGCCCACAGUUAGGCUGGACAAUGGUGUUUUUGUUGGAGUAUGUGGGACCCCUCUUGAUAUACCUUCUUUUCUACUUCCGAGUUCCCUACAUCUACACCCAUAAAUACACUUUCACCAGCAGUCCUCAUCCUGUGGUCAGUCUGGCCUGUGCCUGUCACUCUUUCCACUAUAUUAAGAGGCUGGUGGAAACUAUCUUUGUCCACCGCUUCUCUCAUGGAACCAUGCCGCUGAGGAUUAUGGUGAGGAACUGUGCUUAUUACUGGGGUUUUGCUGCUUGGCUGGCCUACUACAUCAACCACCCACUCUACACUCCUCCGUCGUAUGGAGAGACGCAGAUCAACUACGCGCUGGUCCUCUUCGUGCUGUGUGAGGCGGGUAAUUUCUCCAUUCACUGGUCUCUCAACAGUUUAAUAGGAGAAGGUCCUAAGUGUCGGCGGUUCCCUCAUCCAUCUAAAAACCCUUUCACCUGGCUGUUCUUCUUCGUAUCAUGCCCUAACUACACAUAUGAGGUGGGAGUCUGGCUGAGCUUCUCCAUCAUGACCCAGUGUGUUCCAGUCGCUCUCUUCACGCUGUUAGGAUUCGUGCAGAUGACAAUGUGGGCUAAAGGGAAGCACAAAGCCUACGUCAGAGAAUUUAAGGACUACCCAACCCUCCGCAUGUCCAUCCUUCCAUUCAUCCUCUGACAGUAAAGACGGAGUGGUCCUCUGGAUCCAUACACCUCCACUCUGCCUGAGUUUAGAAGACCACGCACUUCUUCACAUGGCAAUUUGCUCAUUGAUCCUUCAGUGUCAGGACCACCUGAACCCACGGACGCUUAUUUUCUUAUCCCUCCUUCUCUCUGGAGGUCAGUGGGAAGCUGGAGAACCUUGCACCUCUUGUCAAGACCACUUUCCCCAAUGAUCUUUUCCUUGCUGGGUGUUGGCAGUGACUGAAGCCAUGUGUGGUGUUGUUUUUACAUUAAACCUCAAGGACUGGACGCUCCCUCUGGAGAAAUACCAGCCCAGUUAUUCCACAGAAACUAUAGUGUAUUCAGCUGUUCCAGGAUUAGUGUUUUAAUCCAGUAGGAUUUGAGUUUUCACUGCAAAAAGCUGUGUCUUGUCAGGUGAAAUGAUCUUAAUUCUAGUCGAUGUGUCUGUUUCUUUUUGAGAUGGUUGUGCACUUACUAUAAGAUUGUUUAGCUAAUUUCUAAACAUAUUUACCCGGUUUAAGUCAGUUAAAUACAUUUAAGUAAAUUAUCAGACUAUACAGGCAGAUAAUUUAGCUUGUUUAGAGCACCUUUAUUAAAACGGGCAAAGUCAACUGCCAAUAUUACAAUGGCAUUUUAGGGCCACUGUUAAAAAAAACUAAAAAUAGUAGGACUUAGAGAAAAAAAGUCCUAAUAUUUUGAGAUUAAAGCCGUAAUAUUUAAAGAAAACAAAUCAUAAUAUUUUGUGAAUAAAGUUGUAAUAUUUCGAGAAUAAAGUCUUUAUUAUAAAAAAGUCAUAAUAUCUCAAUAAAAAAGUCGUAGAAUUCUGACAUUAAAGUGGCAUUAAUACCAGCAAUGGUAGCAACAUUCUGGCCAAAGGCUUUGCAAAAGGAAGUUAGCAGCACCUCCUCAUGUUAAAAUGAGGGACGCUGAGGAGAUAUUUUCACACACUGUUGGUAAUGAAGGUUCUGUGCAGGUACGUUUUUCGUUCAUCAAGGUACAAACAAUGUAAAUGUUCCCUCAGAGCUCCAGUGGUGGUUUUAAGGUCUAACUGUGAA